AUGACGUGUCAGGAAGAAAACCUGCGAUUUCCGAGGCACCAAGUCGAGGAAAAGUCCGAUGAUCUCCGAGAAGCGAAGUCGAAGAAAAGUCAAGCGAACUCCGAGAUGCCAAAUUCUAGGAAAAGUCCUACGAUCUCCGAUGUGCCAAAUUCUAAGAAAAGUCCUGCGAUCUCCGAGGUGCCGAAUUCUAGGAAAAGUCCUACGAUCUCCGAGGUGCCGAAUUCUAGGAAAAGUCCUACGAUCUCCGAUGUGCCAAAUUCUAAGAAAAGUCCUGCGAUCUCCGAGGUGUCAAAUUCUAGGAAAAGUCCUGAGAUCUCCGAGGUGCCAAAUUCUAGGAAUAGUCCUGCGAUCUCCGAGGUGCCAAAUUCUAGGAGAAGUCUUGCGAUCUCUGAGUCUCCGCAGUCGAGGAAAAGUUCGACGAUCUCCGAGGUGCCAAGUCGGGGAGAAGACCUAUGA